AUGGCCGAAUCCAAGUCCGACGGGGUCGAGAUCCAGUCGGCCGCUCCCGCCGAGGUCGAGCCCGGCAACACAACCAACACAGUCCACGCCGAGCACACGAAUCCCCACGACCAUGCCGAGCUCGACGUCGUGCCCAUCGAAGAAGAGGCGGUGCGCAAUGCCGUGCACAUCCAUCUGAGCUGGCGGUCCUGGCUGGUUGUGUUUAUCACUUGUUUUGCCAUCAUGGCUCAGGUGUUUGUCGUGGUGGCGGCCGGCUCGGUCAUUGCCUUUAUCGUGCGCGACCUGGGCGACGCCAGCAUCUCGGGCUGGAUCAUCCAGGGCCCGCUGCUGAUGCAGAGCGUGCUGUCGCCGAUUGUGGGCCGGCUGUCGGACGUGCUGGACCGCAAGUUUCUGGCGGCGGGCCCGCCGCUGGUGGCCUUUGUGGGCGCCGUGGUGUCGGCCAAGGCGACGUCGAUGGCCAUGCUGAUUGGCGGCGGCAUCCUAAUCGGCACGACGCUGGCGACCAUUGCCAUUGUGCAGGCGAUCCCGUCCGAGGUGCUGCCGCUCAAGUACCGCGCGCUGGCCAACGGCUUUGCGUUUUUGGGCGGCGCCGUGGGCGGCCUGGUCGGGUCGCUGGGCGCGGGCGCCGUGACGAAUGCGUCGCCGUCGGGGUGGCGGUCCAUCUUUUGGAUCCAGGCGGCCUUUCACCUGGCGACGAGCCUGGGCCUGUUUUUGUUCUACUGGCCGAAGAGACCCGCGCGGUCGGCGGAGGACCGGCUGUCCGUCUGGGGCUACGUGUGGGCGUGCGACCCGGUGGGCUCGCUGCUGUUUGUGGCGGGCGCGACGCUGACGCUGCUGGCGCUCGACUGGGGCGGCGGCACGUACGCGUGGUCGGACGCGCACGUGGCGGCGCCACUCGCGAUAGGGCUGGCGCUGCUCGUGGCGUUUGGCGCGUACGAGUGGAAGGGCCGCCGCGACGGGCUGCUGGCGCACGUCUUUUUCGCGCACAACGCCAACUUUGCGCUGUCCGUGUUUGCCUUUGCCGUCGAGGGCUGGAUCUUCUACUCGGCCGUCAACUCGGUGGUGCCGCAGAUUGUGCUGAACCUGGGCUUCCAGACGAACGCCUGGCGCAUCUCCAUCCGCCAGCUGAGCUACACGCUGGCGACCAUGUUCACGUCCGUCCCCAUCACGCUCUACGCCACCUACUACAAGGACCUCAAGACCCCGCUGCUCGUCACCUUUGUGCUCUUCUUUGUCGUCACCGUCGCCUACGCCAACGUCCGGCCGCACUGGAACGCCGCCCAGAUCGGCAUCAGCGUGCUCGCCGGCAUCGGCCAGUCCGGCCCGCUGACGCUGCUCGUCGCCUGCGUCCAGUUCACCGCGCCCCACGCCUACCUCUCGACCGCCACGGGCCUCGCCUUUUCGGCGCGCGCCAUCGGCGGCGCCUUUGGCUCCGCCGUCCUCGACGCCAUCAUCAACGGCUACAUCAACAGCCACUACGCGCCGGCCGUAAGCGACGCCGCCGUGCAGGCCGGGCUGCCAGCGUCCAGCGCCCCCGCGCUCCUCGCCGCGUUUGCCGCGGGCGACGUCGGCUCGGCCGACGUCCCCGGGGCCACGGCGGCCGUCUGGGCCGCGGCGGUCACGGCCAGCCGCGCCGAGUAUGCGCACGCGUACCGGCUGGCGUGGUCGAGCAUCAUUCCGUUUGUGGUGCUGGCGACGGCGGCGGUGGCGUGUCUGCGCGGGGUCAAGGCGCUGAUGACGGAGAAGGUGGAGGCGACGGUGGAGAGGGUGGAGGAGGAGGCGACCAAGGUGUGA